UAGCAAUGUGCAUGCUGACUUGCUCUGUUUGCAAUGCAUUCAUUUGGCUUCCCCAAGUGUGUGUUUUUAAAUGAAGACUCCAGAGAUAAUGAAAUCCAUCCAGCAAGUGACGUUCACUCGCGAGACACCAAUCGGCCUGGCCCAGUCCAGGAAGGGUCCUUGACAACUGUAUAUGAUUCCCCCGAGUAGAAGAAUCAUGCUUACCAAAGAGAGAAGAAAACAGAAGGAUUUUUUUGAAAAGGAAAAACUUAAGUCAAAGAUGAAGCUAUUGGGAGUAUCUCCUUUUAAAAGCUCAGCUGUCAGUUUAGACCUUCUCAAUCUCUAUGUUGUUAAUCAGAUCUCUACAAAGAAAGAAAAUACUGACAAUAUUCGAAAGCCAAUUCAUGUAGAUAUUAACAGAGAAAUUCAAAUUCCUUUGAGAAAGCAAAAUGUAGAAUUUCCCAAAUCACCAGAAUGCAGACCAACUAAGCUGUUCCUAGAUAACAUCCAGCACAGGAUACAAAAAGAAAUCUUGGAUAAUAGAAGAAAAUACCUCUUUGAAAAAGCCAGUGCUCAUUCUGAAGAUUUAGGAUCUUCUCUGCCAGUAAAUAGUAAAGAUGAAGACCUCUGGCUUUCUACAGCAGCACACAGGCCAGAAGAAUUCAGGGCCCCAGAUUCAGAUGCACCAGUUGGCCUGUAUUUCCAGCAGUUGAAUAGUCCAGGGUCUGAUGACUUUGUUGAUAAGGAUUCUGGAAACAGUCAAGCAAACAGAGAAGAACCAUUGUUUGGUACUGUAAAUGACAUGGCAAAGACUAGCCCAAAUGCAGACUUCCAGCCAGCUGCAACUUUGUUUGAAGAAGAGAAUCCAGAAUUUCUGGCUUUUCCUCCUUCUCAGUCUUAUUGUUCUUUUUCUAACAAAAGCCACACUGACCAGCUGUUUGCAGAUUGUGGUGAUGCAGAAGAAAUACUCAGUAAACACAGCCUGUAUGGUAGUGAAGAAAUGCAUCAGGUGACAAGUCCUUUUCAAAGGUGUGCAACUGAGAGGGACCUCACAAGUAUCCUCACAGCUCCAGAGAUGAUUUGCUCCACUAACAACCAAAGCUUAAAUGCAAUAAAGCAGAAGUCAAUUUGGAAUCAGUUCAAAGAUUACAGUACUCAGAAAAGAAGUCCUGCAGAGUUUUCUGAUCAGCAACAACUUACUAUGUUCUUUGAAAAUACAGGUAAAUGUCUGCAAUGCAAGAAGACAACAGAGGGUCUUCCGGUGGAACAUUUCCCAAAUGUUCUUUCAGUAAUUGUGGAAGUUGAUAGCACUGCCUUGAGUAGAUGUAACUCUGGCUUAUUCUUUCUCACUGUAUUUUGCAGCAGGAAGGAAGGACAGGCAGACCCAAACAUGAAUUUCUUGAAGAUUUUUGAGCAUGAAGCGCUGGAUAAGGAAGUUUCCAGUGACUUUGAUCAGCAUUCAGAACAAAGAAGGCAAAACGAUGAUGACUCUCAGCUAAGCAGCCAGUCACCCAUUUAUUCUCCAAAACAAGCAGAUAGUUAUACUAGUUCUUCAUCUGACGAGGGACUCUAUGUGUCAUUGACAGUCAUGGUGAUUCAUUGGAUGCUGACAAAUGAGUACACUGACUCAGAUUUAUUUCAACAGUCUAAAAUAGAGGAAUGGAAUGAAGAGGCAUCAUAUGAAGGCUCUUUUUCAAGGACUUCCAACCAUCCAUGCUCAGGUUCAGAAAAUCAAAGAUCAGAGCGUGUGUGUCAAUUUGAUAGUGGGCCCUGGAACACUGCUAACAUUCAGCCCCAGGAGGCGAAAUCUGCUGGAACACCAAGAAUGAAUAUGUUGAACACAGCUGGACUACAAUUGUCAGAUAUGGAUUGUAAGGGAAAGCAUGAUGUUUCAUCUCAGACAGAUACAUGUGCUGAGCCAGUAGAAAAAUCCAAUGCAGCUGUGCAGUGUGACAUAAUACAGGUCUGCAACUGUAAAAAUGAGCUAUCCUUUGCCCAUAGUGCUGAAAUUGUUACUUCAGCUAGCAAGGUGGAGACCACUGGAGGGCAGAACAUUCCAUCAGAUAGCACAGUACUUCAGCCUACAAAUAGCAAUUCUUUGUUUACUAAGAAUUUGUCUCCUGAAACAGAUUGUUUCAUAGUCAGUGGCAAAGUGAGCCUAGCUCAGUGUAACAAAUAAAAGGAAAAAAUGUAUCUGAACAUACGUACUUAUUGGCAGUGCAGUCAAGAAGAGGGCUUGAAUUACUUUGUUCCUUCCAACACCUAUAUUUUCCAGCUCCAUUUCAUUACACAGAUUUAGGGAUACUUAAACACACGUGUUACAAAACAAUGGGGAACUAAGAAAUUAUAAUAACAGUGAUUAAAACAACAUCUAUAUAAUAUUGCUACUCUAGUUCAGUAAACUUUUAUCUUCUCUAUAACUGUUUUCUCCAUCCCUUGACUAAAUAUAUCUUUCUAUACCUCCCAUUUUUGUUUACACAUUAUUUAAUGUAAAUAUCUCUGUAAAAACAAUACUUAUAAAUUUGCAUUUUCUCCUUUCCUUCUUAAAGCUAACACACAGUGGCCCAGUUCUGUCAUAAUGAGUUGCUGCAUGCCAGAAUUUGUUGGCGAGCUCAAGCAUUUUGUCCUCUUCAGAUGAGCUUGCAACAGAAGGAAAGGGAUGGAUGAAAAAGAGAUCCUCAUUUGUAUGUGCUGUCUGUAUCAGAAAGCUAUGGCUGAAGACCCACAGCCAGAAUUCAUUUGCUAUCUUGAUUUUAAGCAGUAUUUAAACCAUAGUUUUCUGGUUCACCUCAGGAAAUCUCUAAGAUUAAGCAUACAAGAAGAAAGAGAGGAGGACGGACUUAAUCUUCUUAUUUAUUCGUAUGUCAAGAAACAGUUUUCUCAUUGUAAAUUAAUUGGAUCAAAGACAAUAGAUUUCCAUUUUAAUGUAAAAUUUAAUACUAUCAGAAGCUAUAUUAAAAAUGAAGAAUAUAAAUUUCUGUAUCUGAAAUUGGGAGCCUCAAGAAUGUUCCUGAAUAUUCGAUCGGUAGUUAUAUUUCAGCCCUCCUUUAAACAGUGACUUAAUUCACCUGUUCUUGCUUUUAAAUUUGGCUGAGUAUCAUCCAGUUUAAGAGAUUGAGAUUUACUGUCAUUUUCUUUGUAGCUAUGUUUCCUGUAAUUCAGAAAUGACGACUUGUUUUAUUUUUACUGUUUCUCCUUUAAACAAUUGCUCUGUUAAGAAAGGAACUUCCUAACCCAUUCCUCCCUUCAGUUUUGCCACAUCCAUGUAGGUCAGCCUGGACUAGCUGUGGUUGAAAGGAGCUUCCUGUCUUAUCUUAAGGAAGAGUCUUCGGUUUGUCAAUAUCAUCCCAUCCGGUAAGGAAAGAGAGAGGGAUUAAGUCUUAUUAAAGGAAGAGAUGGCUAAACAAGUUACUGUGCAGUACCUUGGUCCACUUUGAAGCAUUUGUUGAAAA